AUGAUUGCCUGGGUGAAUGCUACCUGGUUGUACCCACUCAAGGGCAUCUACUAUUUCCUCAGACAUUCUUACCUCUGGCCCCUCUUCAAGGCCCGACUGGUUCCUAUCGUCCUCCUCUCCGCCUUCAUCUACAUCAACCUCUUUGUGUGGACUUUUUUGCCACAGGUGGCGUUCCUGGCCAUCUUUCACGGCCGUGGCGCAUGGCUGAAUGCUACGUUCCUCGUGCUCGGAGAGGGCUCUGCGAUCGUGGCAUUGCUGUUCGAGGCCUUCUUCGUCGACGAAACACUCGUUGACAUUUUUGACGCCGUAUUGAUUGACCAGGGACUGGCAGAUCUUGUCGGCGAAGCUCGCGUCCUUGAUCGGAAUGGCCAGAAUUCGGUGCAGAUGCUUGGAAAACCCACAGUCUCGUCCGUCUACAGUCCCUUCAGCCUUCGCCAGAUCCUCGAGUUCGUUAUACUCCUCCCACUCAAUUUCAUACCAUAUGUCGGUGUGCCGCUCUUCUUGUUCCUCACCGGCUACAGAGCUGGCCCUUUCCACCACUGGAGAUAUUUCCGACUGCUAGGAUUGUCCAAGAAGGAUCGUGCGGAGUAUAUAAAAAGGAGGCAGCUGAAGUAUACUUGGUUUGGAACCGUUGCACUGGCCCUUCAGCUGGUCCCCGUCCUGAGCAUGUUUUUCUUGCUCACUUCGGCCGCGGGGAGUGCUUUGUGGGCGGCGAACAUGGAAAAGGCUCGCAGAAGUCGAGAAGCUGUCAACGCGUCGCAGAGGGAAGAGUAUCAUGAUGAUCCGGCGUAG